AUGAAGUCCUUUUUGUUCCCCAUCGCCCUCAUGGCAUCGGCCGCCAUGGCCCAGUCGAAUUCUGACUGUGCCGCCAACUACAUUGUCGAGGCUUGUCUCGAAGGAGAGAACGCAAAGCUCGCCAACUGCAAAACCGGCGACUACAACUGCCAGUGCAAUCAGUGGAUAAACAUCGUCACAUGCUUCAACAACUGCCCCGACGACACCAGGAAGCAUGAAAGCGAGGGCCAGAGGGAGAUCUUCUGCGGCUACGCGAGCCAGUUCCCCUCCAGUACCGCGGUGGUUUCCGCUGCCUCGCAGACCUCGGCGGCAGCCCAGACCACGCAAAGCACCGACAACAACAGCAACCCGACAUCGUCGGCUUCGGGAAGCGCCACCAGCACAACCAACUCCCCGGCCGCCAACUCAAGCAACAGCGCGGCUGACCUUGCCCUGAACGCGGGCGGCGUGCUUGCCGCUGUUGCCGGUCUCGCUGCCGUUGUGCUCUAG